UUGGAUAUUUCUAAGCCUGUCCCUCAACAGAACCCAGGGCUAUCAUCCUCUAGGGAAAACAAGUUGCCUACAGCAAAGAACUGAGAACAGAGAGAAGCAAGGGAGACUUAGCUGCUGGCAGAACAAAACAUCAUGAAUCCAAUGAAUACGGCAGGCCCCGCGCCCAACUCCGUGUUUGUGGUGACAUCCCCGAAUGGGUACACUGUGUUGCCGGCAGGCAUGACCCAGGGGCCUCUGUAUCCAAGCUACCAGCCGCAAGUCCAAGUAAUUCAUGGGAACCCUCUAGGUUCAGAGGCAUUUGUGGGUCAGCCACCUGCUCAGGGAACCCUGAAAGAAGGCAAAGCCUUAGGGGCCAUCCAGAUCCUGAUCGGCCUGUUUCACUGGGGCCUUGGCUCUAUCAUGGGGACAGUCUUCGUGAGAGGAUAUCUGGCGAUCUCAUUCUAUGGAGGCUUUCCCUUCUGGGCGGGCAUCUGGUUUAUCGUUUCAGGAUCCCUCUCAGUGACUGCAGAAAAACAGCCAAGAUCUUCCUGCCUGCUGAACAGCAGCUUGGGUUUCAACAUCCUCAGUGCCAUCUUCUCUCUGGUUGGAAUCUGCCUCUUCACGGCAGAAUUAGUGAUCACUCCCUCCUUCCUCCGGACCGACCAUCAUUUCUCUCCAUUGUGGAACGUGGUCACGGGAAUAGUGAUAUCUAGCGUGCUGCUCAUCUUCUCCCUCCUGGAAUUCUGCAUCGCAUGUGCAUCGGCCCACUUUGGCUGCCAGCUGGUCUGCUACCAACCCAAAACUGUGGGCAUGGUUGUCCCAAACAUCUAUGUGGCAAACCCAGUGGCCAACCCAGAACCAGAGAAUAUGCCACCGGAUUAUUCCAACAUCCAGGGCGACAAAUAAACGAAGCCAAAUUUCUAGAAACAUUUUUCAUGGGAACGGAAAGAGGACCUCCCCUUUCUGGGCUUCUGAGACAAGAUGCUGUCUUCUCUGAUAACCUUUAAAAAACGUCUGUCCAAGCACAUGCGUCCUGAGCUUCAUUCUGUUCAACCUGGGAGAUCAUGCUGUGCUCUGAGGGUUUGGGAUGGAAAUGCUGUAAAAAUUUGGUUGUGAUGAUU